UCAAAAGGGAGCUUAUUCGAGAGAGGAGGUUUUGUUGAAUCAUUACAAACUAUGAAAUACUGUGUACAUUCAUGAUUCGUUUACUUGUAUAUAGCUUAUGCAUUAACUUAGCUAUUUUGUAAUGUAGCAAUGUUCUUUUUCUUAGCAGAAAUGACUGAAAACUGUGACAUGCACAGCGAGAACCAAGAAUAUGAUCCCGAAAAGGAGAAAGUCAUGGAUGGCCUUUACGCUCACAUGUGCUACUUUUCUCCGAAAGUCCUCUGCGGUGUUCGGGCCUCGAUUGCAGACCAGGAGAAGCGGUUUAAACUGCCAAUGAUCGAAAUCGUCACCAAAGAAACCCCAGAAUGCAUCAUGGCCAGUGUGAUAGUGAAUCAAACCGUUGUGGAGGAGCAAAAGAGGCACUGCUUUGAAAAGAUGUACAGCAGUAAAUUGGACGACACCUUAAACAUGCAAAUGGCCAUGCUGAACUUGGUCUUUCAGGCUCAGUGGAAGGAGUUUCCUAUGCAAGUCCAGAAAGGCGUUUACAAUAGAUUUGCAACAGCGCAAAUCAUACUGAAGAAAAUUGUGCCAUACCAGUGCUCAUUGGGUGAAGCUGAGCGAAUGGGCAUUUGCUGAUUGAAAUAUCACUCCGUUUGCUAUAGAGACAAAACUUGAUAGAUAGUUGAUAAAUAAAAAUAGUUACUUUAUUGAGUGCCUAUACCUCUUGAUAAUAUAUUAGAGCUUUAUAUAGGAAUUUUGUUGAUUAAAAUGGUUGA